AUGAAAGGGUUUGAUGACGUGGACGAACUCGGAAAUCAAAAAUCUUACGGUGUUUUGACUAAGUACGACGAAGAGCUCGAUGGUGUGCAAAAAGAGAAGUUUCGUUUAGAUGAGUGUGGCGGUUACGAUUUGGAGAAGGAUGAGAGAGAGGAAAGAAUGAGGAAAGAAUUAGAAUUGGCUGGUAAAAUGCUGGUGAGCCUGGAUAUGCCAAAGUAUCAAAUUGGUAGCGAGUUCUACACAAAGGAUGAAAUGACUGCGUUUCGCAAAGUCAAAAAAGGAAAGAAAUCGACACGUAAAAGAAAAAUGUUAAAAGCGGAAGAUUUAGUGCCUGAUGAGCCAGCUGAAGAGCGCAGUUCGCGUUCAAGAAAUCAUGGCAGAAGGCAAGAGGUAAAGAAGGAAAGCGAGGAGGAAGCAGAAGGCAAAGCUGGAGAGCAGGACAUUGCGCAGUUUGACGCAAACAUGGAUGAGGCUGAGUCGGAAGUACAGUCUGGACUUUGGAAAAAAGCAACAAAAAAUGCAGUUAAUAUCGAUAUGCUAAAAAGCGUUGUGGAUAUCGAUCAUGGUAGUGAAUCGAGUGAAGAGGAGUUCGAAGGCGGCUCGGAACUUGCUGGAGUAGUGAUUGAUGAUGAUGCAGAAGCAGAGCUUGCGACUGUUCUCGAAAAAGCUCGACGUCUCAAGCAAGUGGAUGUGAAGCAAGAUGAGGUUGAUGUUGCACAAAGGGUAAGAUUGUGUGCGCCUUCCUUUGACGACAAAUUAUAUGAAUAACU